AUGUCAAAGUCUCAAUCCCAGCCCAGAUUAAGUUCUCAGCAAGUUGUUAGGAACCUCUUUUCUCUCUCUGACGAAGAAGAUGUCCUCGACGAUUUCAGCUGUGGUUUACGUAAGAAGAUUUUCAUCCACGGCCGUUUGUUCUGUACCGACAACUUUUUGUGUUUCUAUGCCAACAUCCUUGGCUUCAAAACCAAACAAGUCAUUCCUUUCCGAGACAUUGUCGCUAUCAAAAGGGUAAAAGGCACAAUAACAAGCUCAAUAGAAAUUGCCUGUGCUAAUAAAAAAUCAUACUUUUUCGGUUCCUUUUUGCGUAGAAAUGAGGCAUUUCAGUUUAUCUACAGCUUGUGGAGGAACUCUGGAUACUGCGAUGAGAGCCAAGAUAAAGGGUAUUGGAGUGAUGGUGAAGAUCCGCCACCACUUGAAGAAGAACAAAAUGAAGGGUUGAUGGAUAUCCCGCAGGAAGAGUAUUCAGAAGGAUUUGAGACACUCAAGGUGAUUGUGCCUUGCACUCCUCAGAAGUUUUUUGAGCUCUUCUUUUCUGAUAAUGCAGCAUUCUCUUAUGGAGAUUAUUUUAAGGAGCGUGGAGAUACAGAAAUAGAAAUUAUUCUUUAUUAGAAAGGUCUUAAUUUCCUUUUUGAAGAUAAUAAAUUGGGAAAUUCAACAAGCAAAAGCAUACCCCAUGGGGCGAUAACGAAGAAAUUGGGGCCUGCUCCAGGGAACUGAAGUUCCGCACAAAGAUCAACGGACCUUCAGUCGGGCCGAAAACAACCCGCAUCCAGUCUGCUCAGAUCUAUAAGUACCAAGAGGGUGCUUUAGUUAUAAAAAUAUCCACGAAAGCUCUUGAUGUCCCUUUUUCAAGCUAUUUUGUGAUUGAGCAAGAUUGGGUUGUGACACCAGUUUCUGCAGAAAAAUCAAGGUUGAGGUGCACUUUGGCUCUGAAUUUCUUGAAGUCUACGAUGUUUAGAGGGACUAUUGAAAGCAGAACCAAAGCAGAUUCAACGAAAGAUGUAGAAGCCUGGUGGAAGAGGGCUAAAGAAAAGUGCUUUUCAGAUAUGCAGAGCCCAGCUGAAAAGCCAACAGUGGAGAGGCAAAUACACCAAAUCGCGAAAUAUGAAGAAGUGGACUUGAAAGAGUAUAGAAAAAAGAGCAAAUUGAUGAAAGGGUCGCCUGAUUCUGUCAAUAGUCUGCUGCUGCUCAAUGCGAUUUGUUUGGUUUUGCUGUUCUUUUAUUUAAGACACCUCAAUAUGAGAAUUAACAGUUUGGAAGAAAUUAACUAUACCUUUGAGAAUAAAUUUAAUGAAAAAUCAGCUUUUAUUUUUUAUCAAAAUACUAGUACUAAUUAUCUGUUUAAUUGCUUUAUUAUGCAUAG